GUGUGUGGCAGCGCGCACACAGAAUCUAUUCACAUCAGUCUCUCUGAAUCCAGCGCCUCGUUUCAUUCUCAUCACACAGAUCUGCUGCUGUAUUGUUCUAUGUUUGGAACCGUGUAAGAAAGCUGGUUGAAGUUUAUGAAGAAUCAUAUCAUUGGAUUUUCCAACAUGGGAAACAAGGUGAAAUCUGUUAUGCGCGUUUGGCUAAAAAUGUUCAUUGUUGGAUUCUUACAGGCAGCUUCCCGUGAAAACAUAUACAGCUCUGAGAAGAGCGUGGUUACUUUGCCUUGUGAUGGGAAAUCACAGGCACAAGUAACAUGGAGCUAUAAGAAAGAUGCUUCUUCUGCAUACUCCAUCAUUGUCAAGACUUUAGGAAGUAAAACACUGUUUGGUUCCACUCCAGUUAAAUUAAAAGCAAGACUCCAAAGUGCAACCCUGCUUAUACAGGACGUGGAGACAGACUUCGCUGGUUUUUAUCAAUGCGAGAUUUCUGGUAUAAAGAAAAAAGAGUACAAUCUACAGGUUGUUUCUGUGGUUCCAGAGCGCCCCGGCCCCUACCUGCAGUCUUCCUCGUUGAAGCUGAACUGUGUGGUCACCGGCAGCUCUGGCGAUGUACCAGUGUGGCUCCAGCCUGGUAGUGAGGAAGUGUGGAGUUCAAACACCACCCUGGAGAUUAAAGAGUUAACAACGGAACACAGUGGGAUUUGGAGGUGCAGAGUGGAGUCCUUUAAGCUGGAGCAGAGAGUGGAGGUGCUGGGUAUUAAAGCUGACCCUUCGUCUGGGACCCUCUCUGUUAAAAAAGGGGAUUCAGUCUUCUUUCCUUGCGAGCUGAGCAGCAGCCUUACUGAACCCCAGUACCAGAGUGAGGGAGCGAGGUGGAGCCGAGUUACACAGGAAUAUCCCAUUGAACAGGAAAUACUCUUGCUCGAUGGUUCAGGAAAAAUCCUUGAACUAAAUAAACUGCAAAACAGGAUGUUAUUCUCUCCCUCCAAGGGGAACCAUUCCAUCAGCCUGAGCAAGGUCAGACCUGCUGAUGCUGGGAAAUACACGUGCCAAGUGCAAAUCAGUGGAACUGUGAUGAAGAAAUUCUUCCAGUUAAACGUGCUGAGUGUCGAGUCCAGCGGAGUUAAUGGUGUAUGCUCUCUGCACGGCAACGCAUCAGGAUUUUUAAUGGAAUGGAGGGACGAGGAUGGGCUGAAGAGAGACUCACCAAUGCAGGAGGUUGACAACAAGACCACACUGAUCCUCUCCAUGGCCCAGAGGAACUCCACAAAGUUGAAAUGCAACUUAUACCUGGGCAGCAAACUGCAAACCAGCAUCGACUACACACCAGGCACAGCAGGUGACAGCAGCAGCAACAACGUGCGCUCCAGAGGCUGGGUGGCAUCUGUUCUGAAGAUGGAGUUGUGGGUUCUGAUCUCAAUCUGUGUGGGCGGAGUCAUCCUGAUUUGUCUCGUUGGCAUUGUCAUUGGGCUACUGGUGAGACGGCGCCGCCUGAAGAGACUGGCUCGGAGAAGAAGGUCGGAAAAAAUACCUUUGACCCCGCAGCAGUACUGUCAGUGUCAGCGCAAAAGAACAAAUAACGGAUCUCGCAGACUGAACUCCUACCAAGAGGAAGACAAUUAAACUUCAACAAACUCUGAGAUUUUAAAUAUGUUGCUUGUUUUUUACUUUGUGUUUAUUUUGUGUCUGCCCUUUAUUUUAGUGCUUUUAAGAAGCUGAGGUGUUCUAGCAAACCAGUGUCUGGUACAAUAAUGGGUUACAGAAAGCACUCCAUUUGCAUGCCUUAGUUUAAAAAAAAAGUUUAUUUUUAAAUUUAAAAAGUUGGGUAUAGUAUACUAAUUCUGCUACUGGUGCAUUACGUUACUG